AUGGACGAGGGACGCCAAAAGGACUUGCAGUUGUUGGAGGAGAUCAUCGAUAAAGGCUUAAAACAGAAGCUUGUUCACGCUACUGCUUCACGGGACAAGGUCUUUGAAGAACAAAAAGUACUCUCUGACUUGCGAAAAAACCUAGAAACUCUGGAGCAAAAUGGUGUAAAUACUCUCAAAACCAUGGUCAACCUCGGUUCAGAAAUUUACAUGCAAGCUCAAGUGCCAGAUACUCGUCACAUAUUCAUGGAUGUAGGCCUCGGAUUUUAUGUGGAGUUCACACGGCAAGAAGCUCUUGACUAUAUUUCACAAAGGGAGCAAAGAAUUAAAAAAGAAUUAGAAGAGGUCACUGGUGUUAUUACACAGAUCAAAGGGCGCAUCAAACUGGCUCAUUACCAGAUUCAGCAAAUACUUAAUCUUCCUGAAGAGAAUCCAUCAUCAUCCAGGCAACCUUAUGCGUGGAAGAAAAGAGAAUUAGCUCUAGUGUAA